AGCCCGCGCGUGCGCAGGACGCCUGCUCCUCCGCAUCACGAUGUCAUUGAUAUCAUCAUCUCCACGAUCUCCACUUGUGGCAUCGCACCGAACUUCGUAUCUCCUGACAUAGGGAGGCGUUGGCCGUUGGUAUGCUGCUUGCUCUCGCGGGUGUCGUUUUGCAGGCGCUUUCGGCGAAAUGCGCGUUGUUGUACUUUUACGAGCCGGAAACGGCACUCAUGUUGCGGACGACUAGCAACGUGUCAUUCUACGUCAACGAGACAGGCCGCUUAGCAGUCUUUCAUUUCACUUCGAGUGAUCCAAAUGUCGUUCGAGUGAAUGAGCAUUUCACCUCACAAACAGAAGACUUUGGUUUCUAUGGGUCGGUGAGCCUGACAGCAUUGCGAAUUGGCUUCGCUACUUUGAUGUGGGAGGCAGUGGGAGAAUGUGGCAAUGCAACUGCGGGUAAUCCUGGAAGUGUCGUAUGCCACAGCGGCAAUCACGAAGUACGCGUUGUCCGCGGUCAGGACACAUUUACCAUCGGGCUCGGAAUACUUAUCGGUAUUCUUGUGGCGUUAAAUAAUAUCAAUGUUGGCUGCCAGCUGGAUAUGGCAGUUGUGGUGGCACAGGUGAAGAAACCCGUAGCACCGGCUAUUGGCAUGCUAUGUCAGUUCCUAUUUAUGCCUCUGGUUUCGUACGGGAUGGGCAUGCUCCUAUUGAGUGACGUGGUGUCGCGGCUGGGCCUUUUCACCAUCGGUUGUUGUCCUGGAGGUAUCUACAGCAACUUCUACACGCUCCUCUUUCAGGGAGACCUGCAUCUCAGUGUUACCAUGACUUUCCUCAGCACACUAGGAGCACUUGGGAUGAUGCCCCUAUGGAUGUACACACUGGGGAAGGCAGUGACUGGCAGUGCUGUGCCUGCUGUGCCCUAUACGAACAUCAUCGUUGCUCUGGUUGCACUCACCCUGCCACUUGCUAUUGGCUUGCUCAUCCAAUACAGGAGACCCAAUUGGGCUAAAACAUCACAGAGAAUCGUCAGACCUUUCUCCGUGAGCAUUCUUUUGGUAGCAUUCGUAGUCGGCACAUACAGUUACUGGCACCUGCUGUCUUUAUUGCGCGGUGCUGAACUCUUAGCAGCCUCAGGUGUAGCCAUACUAGGAUUCUUGUUUGGAGCUGGUAUAGCGUGGAUAGCCAGACUCAAUAAAAGUCAAAUAAUUGCAGUUUCUCUGGAGACUGCCAUCCAAAAUACUCCUUUAGCUCUUGUCAUCUUGACGCUAUCCCUUCCCCAACCAAAUGGAGACAUUGCUAUUGUUCCUGUUAUAAUGCUCGUGUCGAUUACGGGGAUAGUGCUGCUUACUUCCUUUUUUGUACUCACUGUUUACAAGAAAAUUCGAAAGAGACCAUUCCAUGACUUACCACAAGAGAUGGAACUUAAGGAUGAGAAUUCAUAAUCUUUCUACUGCACCUUGUAACUUGCACACAUGCUGUCUGCUGCCGGUCUAAUGAUGAUUAACGCAGAAUAAUAGCUGCAAUAGCAGUUUCUGAAACUGUCCAACACAAGGGUGCCAAUGUAGUAUUUGCAGAAACUCAAGGCAGCUUGCAUAUUUCACAAGUAUAUAAGUCACACAACUGUCGUGAUACAUAGCCACAAUAGUAUACGAUGAAGAGGAGCAUGGAAGGCACCUCCAACACGUACUUUUUACCGAGUGAUACAAGCAUACUACCUUCCGUAACUAUCGCGCAAUAUAUUACUAAAAUAAUUUCACAAGAAUGCGUGCAGCAUCGGCUAACUCUUCCAGGUCCUUCUGACACAUUGUCACAUCAGAUCAUCUGAGCACUUUUAUUGGCUGCCAAGAAUCGUCUGCGACGGGCCGGUACCAGAUACAACCACAAAAAGAACGAAAUAAAAAGGCGAGGGCUUCACUAUUUUGUUGAGCCCUCCCACGCUCCUUUAAUGGGUCGUACCAAAAAUGCAAGAGUGGAAAUGCGAUGUUGAAUCCACGCUUGUAUUCCUUGCCCCCUUAUAUUCUGGCAGAGAGGUGAAGUGAUUAUUUAAUCAGGUUUUGAUAAACACCAUACAUUGUCUGGUGGCUGACACUCAGGACAGCGGCUCAAGACAUGGGAGCAUGGGGCCUAUAUUGGCAGUAUCCGUGGCUUGCUAGGGCUAGGAAAACUGCUUCGAAAGUUAUAUUUCCUAGAUUUGAUUGCACUAUUUAGCUACAAUAUUAUGCAUUAUUAAUCUAAUUUCCAAGUUUUUUUCUUCAAUUUUGGAACCUGCAAUUAUGCACUAUAUCAGGUGUUCAGCAUUGACACGAUGAUUACCCAAAGCUUUGGAAUAUCUCCUUUGUAUUGUCCUGGGCUCCGUGACUCAGUGGAGGCACACAGGGGAUAGUGCCUUUCUGUACUUACAGAAGUAGAUUGCCGGAAAUAUAUCCCUUGAAACAACUGUGAUUUUUAUACCCAGGGAAUUCCUACAUGUAUUUAUCGUACGACUGUGUAGCUUACUUGUGACGCAUUUUAUCCGUCUAAUUGCAACAUCCAAAACAACCAAUGAAUUGUAUCGUUCACGUCAGUCUUAGAGAUUGACCUGUUUGACCUAUGUGGACUUGUUGAUUGAAAGACAUUUGCUCAUCGUGCACAAUAAAUGUGUUGAUCUUUUCACAUAUAAUUGUACUAUAUUUGUUGUAAUAUACUAUUUUACGAACACA